CCAUGCAUGAUACUGGCUCUGCCACUUGACGGACUAUGGAAGUUCCCGUUGUACACAUUGAGCUCCAGACAACUUAAGUAUUCGAACCGCUUCCACAACCGUACUCGGCAUUUAUUCUUCUCUUGCAAAGUAACAGCAUAGGAAGAAAGGUUCCUUCUGUAGCAAAGCACACAUACAACUAAAGAUCCAAAAGGGAAAAAUGGCGACUCCUUAUUUCCCUCCGCCACCAGACCCUCAAAAAUCCGCAACUUUCCAGGUGAACCCCGCAAGAGUCUCCGAUGUCUCAGCACCAGAUUUCGAUUUUCCUCCUCCGCAAAGGCAACAAACAGUGCCAUCAAUAACUCCUCCCCCGAACGAUGUCAAUUUCGCAUCGUUUGCUGCAAAUGGCAAUUUCAACAAUCCCUAUGCGGUGCAACCUCCCCAAUCAUCAACGCCUCCCUCGAUCCCAGCAGAUUUGCAAUCACAACCCACUCAGGCCCUGUCCGCUACUAACCAGGAUGAGGUUGGAACAUUCAACGGGGGAAGUUACAGAAUCAGCCACCGGGACACUAAUUCGGUCCUAACAAUGCAGUUGGCCAUGGGAUGCCCAAUAGAAGCAAAGCCCGGUGUGAUGGUUGCAAUGUCCGGAAAGAUCUCACUCAGAGGAAGCGCCAAGUUCAGCAUGAUGAAAAUGCUCGCCGGGUCAAUGACCUUCUCCACAUAUACCGGCCCUGGAGAGAUCCUGCUUGCUCCACCAACGCUGGGAGAUAUCAUUGUUCUCCGCCUCAGCGGCUCAGAGUCAUGGAAGGUUGGCAAGGAUGGAUUCCUGGCUGCGACCAGUGGAGUCGUGAAGGACUACAAAGCUCAAGGACUGACCAAGGCCGUCUUUUCGGGUGAGGGUUUUAUUAUCUAUCAUAUGUCUGGAAUCGGCCUUGUGUGGCUUCAGAGUUUCGGUGCGAUCAUCAGGAAAGAUAUCCCCGAGGGCGAGACCUACCUCGUCGACAAUGGCUAUCUUGUCGCCUGGAACUGCAAGUACACUAUGACGCGGGCUGCCUCCGGAGGCAUGUUCUCGACUUAUAGCUCCGCCGAAGGUCUUGCGUGUAAAUUCGAGGGCCCCGGCACUGUCUACCUACAGACGAGGAACGCUAGUGCCUUUGCGGCGCAUCUCAGUACUAAAUAGUAAUAGGGCUCUGUUGAUCUGGCCAUGGAUACUCCAAAGAGCUGGGUUUUUUGUUUGACUAUCUUGCACAUACUUUCCUUUGUGUUUCAACUCUUUUUUUUUUCUUUUUUUUUUAUAUAUAUAUCCCCCUUUAUCUCAAAUUGGCCGCUGUGUUGUUUAUGAGCGUGUUUUCAGGUCUUGCAAUACAACCAUUCUUUCCGUCUCGAAUAUUGCAUCUGUAUUUCUGGGUAGGCGAUGCAUGUGCCUGUUUUGUCAUUGUGCCUACUUUGAAUUGAGGGCUACUGGCUGGGCCUAUUAAAAAACUAAGUACUAGUAUACAAAAGGCAUCCGUACCAGCACAGUUUCCUAAUACAUACAAUUUACGUUCAACCGUCAAGUUAAGGGAACAGAUUAUACCCAAAGAAAGUCAUACCAAUCCAU